UAAAAUAAGCUGAAAGUGAAACCAGGCUUCUUUGGAGCAGGCAACCCGCCUUGUUAGCUCAGAUUGACCAACUAAGCUGCAGAGAAAUGACUUGUGAUCGCAAAAAGGACGAGAUUAUCACAGACAUUACUCUGAUCAUUGAUGGGAAGAUGAUUGGAGACAUAGAUAAAAAGUGGAUUAAUGAUAACUACCAUCCUGAGAAAACUGGUUCCUGUUACCGAGUGUUCAGUAGAGACUUUAAUGAGGUGCAGCAGCUUGUAAAGCGACUGUCAGGACAUCUUUCCAGUCUUGGAACACCAGGACAGACUGCUCCUCCAACUCCCUGUGAUGCAACAUGUUCAGUACCUGUGAACAGAGUUGUGAUGGAAUACAUUAAAAAAAAAUAUGACGAAAAACUAAAGAGAAUUCAAGGCCGUUUUGUCAUUGAGUUCAAAGCAGCAAACGGUGACCCCCAGAGCACAGUACAGGUUAACUUCAGAGCCCCAAGUGAAUCAGCUUGCUCUUCUGACAGGGUGCAUCUGGACUUUGUGAGGCAGAGGUUUAUCACUUUCUACCAGAGAACUGCCUCUGACCUGCAGCUAACAUCUCUUCAUGUGGCUCCACAUCAAGCUGAGGAUCUGCAGAGAAAGUUUCCUCUCCUGUUUUUUAAAUCAGGCUCCAGCAAAGACACAACAGUCUGUGGACCUUUUGCACAUGUGCAAAAACUGAAAGAGUUUCUUUCACAAAAUCCAAAGAGUUCAGACAACAGUCCAGUUAAAAGGGAUUCAGCAAGAAGUCAAAGCUAUAAGUCAUCUGCUCCUUCACCCAAACUAAGCAAACCUCCUGGCAACGAGACAUGUCCAAUCUGUAUGGAGCCAAUCCCACCAGAGAAGAAAAAGGCCCUGCAGUGCAAGCAUUCCUUCUGCAAAGACUGUCUCCAAAGAGCCUUUGACUACAAACCCAUUUGUCCUAUCUGCGGGGAGGUGUACGGGACCUUGAAGGGAACACAGCCUGAUGGAGGGAUAAUGAACAUCAGGACAUCCUCUGCCUCCUUACCUGGAUAUGAGAGACAUGGAACAUUAGUCAUCCAUUAUCACGUUCCAAGUGGAAUUCAAAAGGAGGAGCAUCCAAACCCUGGUCAACCAUUCGAAGGUGCAUCCCGAACCGCCUACCUCCCAGACUCCUCUGAAGGAAGGAAGGUCCUGGAGCUGCUCAGGAAAGCCUUUAAUCAGAGGCUCAUCUUCACUAUUGGUCGAUCCAGCACCAGUGGCAGGAACAAUAUGGUGACUUGGAAUGAUAUUCACCACAAGACAUCAACGCAUGGAGGACCAACUUCCUAUGGAUACCCAGAUCCUGAAUACCUCAACCGAGUCCAAGAAGAGCUAAAAGCCAAAGGCAUCAAAUAGGCAUGAAUUUAAGGUCUUGAAAUUGAUUAAAGGAAAGGUAACAUUUCACCAGCAUAGAAAGAGCCAUGUACAAUAAUCUCACUGCUUAACAUAUAAACGUGAUGUAAUUCCAGAAUUGUCAGUAUAUUGACAUUAGUCUUGAAUAUAUUCUUUCAGCUGCAUUUUGUGCUUUUUUUGAGUGAUUUCUGUUGAUCAAGUUAUUAAUAGAAACUGUAUAUCUACACUGUCUUUCCUAAUUAACUGAAAUGUGUUCAGUUUAAUAUUUCUUAUGAAAUUAUCUUAAAGUACUGGUUCUCAAUCCCAGUCCUCAAGAACCACUACCAUGCAUGUUUCAGGUGUUUCCCUUCUGCCACAUAUCUGACUUGAAUAAGUGGGUGAUUAACAGGCUUCUGGCAUGCAGAAGAGGUCAUGCAGUCAUUUGAAUCAGGUGUUCUGGAACAGAGACACAUCUAAAACAUGCAGGGCAGGUGGACCAGAAGACCAGGAUUGAGAAACACUCCAAUAAAGCAUGGCAACAUCUUUUCUGGGUUCAAAUCUUUGGCAAGCAAAUCAAAUACACACAUUCCAAUUAAUCCUAGUUAUCAAACAGUCAAGUUCAGGUAAUAAUUCAAAUUAGCUUAAAAAAUUAUCUAAGGAAACCCACAAGCAUCGAGUCAUUAACUUGUAGCAUUCUCUCCCCCUAAACAAGCAUGUAGCAACAGACGAAAGUCACUUGCAUUGAGUCAUGGACCUUUUAGCAAUCCCUCAUUUUCAGCAUGCUCAUAGUGACAGCAGAAAGAAAAACUCCUUUAACAGGAAGAAACCUCCAGCAGAACCAGAACUUAGGCUUAGUGGGAACGGCCAUCUGCCAUGACUGCCUGGAGGUUUAAAGUCAUGUUAAAUAUUAGCAAGUGAUAACAAUAGACCCGAAACAUCUCUUACUAAUUUUUUCAUGCAAGUGAAUUUACAUGCCAGAUGAGUGUCAGAACAGCUUAUUUAAUGAUGGGUUUAAUGAUUCAUCUUCAGAUUUUCAACAUCAGUGGAAAAAAACGUCCAAUAUUUCCUCAAAACAAUGAGGAAUACUGCUGGGCCAAACAUAAUUCAUCACCUAAAUUUAACCAAACAAAUGGGUACGAGCCUCCUAUUAGAUAAUUACUGCAUGUGCAAUUAUCUUUCAGCUAGCAACAAGUUAUUUAACCCCAGCUGAUGCAAUGACUAGCUUCUCAUUUGGGCACAUCGAGGAAGUGGAGAGGCAGGUGAACUGAUGCCUAGUGCCUACUGUCAUGCCCCUGGAGGCAGCACUAUGAUCUGGGAUUGCUGCAGUUGCUCAGCUCUGGCAACAUUAUGUGUCCAACGAAUGACUACCUGAAUAUACCAUCAUCAAUGGAUUUUUUUUUUCCCUGAUAACACGACAGGAUUCAUCAAGUUCAAAUUGUGAUUAAGGAGUUCAUAGAGCAUGAUACAUCAUUCUUGCACAUGGAUCAGCCUCCACAGAGUCUGGAUCUUAAUCAUCAGGGUUUCCCCCAAAAAACUUGCUAAUCCCAGUGGUCAGGGCGUAUUUUGUAUUAUGUUGACAGGAAAUGUAAAAAUAUUACAGGGUACGGUAAUUAUGUUACUGGAAGACAUUGCUAAUAAUGCUUGAACCCACAACUAUAGUCCAGUUUUUGGAUGAUGUAUACAUUUUCUCUCAAAAUAUGUUUUGGAUGAUGCAUAUAUUUGUGAGCAAAUUGCAGUCUACGUUUCUUGCGCUUUUGGGUCCUUAGCAGUGUACAUGAUGGAGCACAGACAUGAAGCCCUUCAGCUUUCAGCAGGUGCUUCAGUGUGGAAGCUUAAAUCUCACUGCUUGCUGGCUCCAAGGCUUGUGGCAGGUCUUUUAAAGUCCAUCAAGAAUUUUUCCUCCACUUCUUUCAAAAAUCUGGUGGCACCCAUUGACAGUUUACUCUUUCUGCCACAAUAUGGCAUUACUACUGUACCUUUAAUUGCAAGAAAAAACUGAACUGAGCCAAGGGACGCCCAAGUAAUCUUAAUAAAAGUUCAAAUUUAAUUUUAUGCAAUUUAAAUCUGAUGAUUAAUGUUAAUCUGAAAAAAAUCCAACAGUUACAUUAGUAGCAAAAUUAUAUAGCAGCAGUAUUAUGUUUUCCACCCACAUAAUCAUUUUAUUGCACAAUCAAGUAAUUAUAUUACUUGCAAUUGUUAUAAAAAUGCUGUAUAUAUCAAAUAUGACUUAAAAGAAAUUUGACUUUGUGACUUAACGCCUUGAGAUCGGGCCUCUGUCUCUAAGAAAAUUCCGUUCUUUCCAACACUCCACCGCCAGGAACUCAAUAGAACAUGGCUCCUCUAUAAGCCUUUAACAUUUUAUCAGCUUUGCACUGAGAAGUAGCUUGUAUAAUGAGCUCAGCAGAUGCGCAGUACCAGCAGUUGUUCGGCAAUUGCUGUUAGCUAGUCUGAAGGAGCUGAUGGGGGGAAUCGAGGGGAGGAAUGCUCUGUGAGGUGGAAGAUUGGCAAUUGCAGCUCAGAGGAGGAGCUUCAUCCUGGAGAGCAGCGCUAGGUCCACUCAGGCAUUUUACACAGUUGAGUGGUUGCCACGGGAGAUUUAAGAAUUUCUCCAACAUGCAUGAAACAAUCAAAGCAACACACCAGGUAUGUUUUUGAUGAGGAAUAACAUAACAUGAUGUAAAACUCAAAAAAGUACAUUUUAAAUGAUACUGCCUCUUUAAUUCCCCAGGUUUACCCAGAGUAAGCACAUAUUACUUUCAAUUACAACUGCAUACUAAUUCAACACCUUGAAAUAGAACUUGGCAAAUAAGGUGUUGUCUCAAACACCUGAUGCAACUAAUUAAGGGAUUUAUUAGACACAUUAGUUGUUUGAGAUAGCAGUGGAAACUAAUGCUUUAUUGGAUGCUUUGUGGAUGAUUCCUUGAGGGUGCCAUACUCACAUAGCUAAAAUGGUCUGGGCUAGCUGUGGCCCACAACUGGCACUUACAUCUGACUGACAUGGCGCAAUGAAUGACGGGACCCCCCCAUGGCCCAGUGCUGGUUUGCCAGAUGUGGCCAAUAUGCCGCCAGAACUGGGCCAGGUAUGGACCGGUUGAGGACACACCAAUUGGCUUAUAGCUGGCCCAUAUGCCGUUUCACCUCUGGCAAACUAGGUCCGGGCCACGGCUGGCCUGUCAUUCAUUGCGCCAUCUGGGCCAGAUGUAAAUGCCAUUUUUGUCCCAGACUGCUUAACGUUUGCAAUAUUAAUAAAAACACAAUGUAUAUUAACAUAAUUCUUUUAUUACAACAUUCUAAUUUCAAACACAACAUAUAUAUUGAAGAAUCUGUCUCCAUCUCCGAUGUCCACCGUGCUCAAGUUGUGUCAUGGCAGCUGUUCAGUAGGAUUCCCCUCUGUGCUUACAUAACCGCACUUAAAUGAAGAAAAUAAAAAGAAUAAACCCCACUGUCAAAAAUGUUAUUUCAACCUGAACAAUGCGGAACACCUGAAAUCAAUUUGGCCAACAGCCAAAGGCUAAUGGCUCGAGGCUAACAGCUAAGUUAAUGCUAAAUAAUAUUCGUACUAACAAUUAAAAAGGACAUUUUAAAAGCUGUAGACAUACAACAGCAGCCAAACAAUGUCACGUACGGCACCAGGAUGAGACAGCGGUCAUUUCCAUUUAAAAUAUUCUUAUAUUUAGACAUUAGAAUUAUUAAGUACUAAAACAACAAAAACAUGUUUACAUUCAACAUAUUUAAAAUUUAGAUACACAAAAAAACGGCUAGAGUAACAAGUCAAAAAUAUUAGAUUAUAUUUUUUCUAAUUUCUUUUUAAAUAGAACUUUGUUUAAGAACUGAUUUCCUAGAAAAAAUUUAUUGUCACAUACCACAUGGGUGACAUAACAAUUUCCGUAACUGACCCAUAUUUGGCAUGGACAGAUCCGGCCCGGGUGGGGCAUGCCAUCACUGGCCCAGGUGUGGCUUGCCUCAUGUGAACCGUACCAUCAUUGCCAGUUUUGGCCCGAGUCUGGUUGAGAUCCAAUUUGCAGUGCCAGCAGAAUGCCAGAUCCAGGCCAGGUCAGUCUGCUAUGUGGGUAUUCUCAGAGAAGAGCUUUCCAGGUCCCUCUUGAAAAUGAGAUCUAGAUCUCAACGGGGUUUACUUGGUUAAAUAAAGGAAAUAAAAAAAAAAAAUAAGGAGUAGGAUAGAAGAGCAUAGCAAUGACUCCAAAUGUUCUUAGAAACACAGUUGGAAGCAGAGCCUCUAAGGUAGAAGUUGAGCACAAACACUUCUGGCUCCUUUUCACAACUGGGGAACUAAAACAACCUGUUUAUUCAUUUUAGUUCCCCAAAACGAACUAAGUUAACAUUGGCAUCAACAUUAACAUUAAGUCAAUGUUUAACAUUGAUUUAACUUUACUGAUUGCAAAGUUAAAUCAGUGUCUAAUAAUUUGUAACUUUUUUGGGAAUAUAAUAUUGUCUGUGUUGUUUUAUGUUGUGUAAAUAAUGAUUUAAUAAAAACACUUGAACCAUCUUGUACAGACUCUGCUGUGAAUGAGAACAUCUUCAGGUGUGUUUGUUUUGAAGACUGCUGAAUCAAUCAUUUUUACAAUCGUGUUCUAAUGUAUGAACAGGCAUAAUUAAUUCACAAAAAUCUUUUAUUUUGUACCAGAAGCUAAAUAAAAGGAACAUUUGUUUGUCAAAUAUUCUACUUCUCUCAGGUCUGCAGAAAUCAAAGAGAAUAGGAAAAAAAAGUUUGGAAGUGUUUAUUUCAGCUACAAUUUAGUUAAGCCAGCUGGUAGACUUUCCUAAACCAUAAGCACAUCUUUUUAAACUGUGACCACAAGACCAAAAGUAGCAAAUUUAUUCCUCUUCAUACACUAUUCUAAAUAUGAUUUAUACUUCUGUAAAUAUAGCAUACUUAUAUUCAUUGGUGCCACAUGCUAGAGUUCAUGUGGCACUAAUUAUCUUCUGUACAUAAGCUUUGUUCAAUAGAAAUUCCCAAGAUCCAAGACAAACACAUUAAAAACUUUAUUAAGAAAACAUCUUCCAUUAUCUUCAGUUCUGCAACUCUGUGCGUUUAUAACAAAGAAAAGUGUUUCAAACAAAACAAUUUCAAACAAUAAAACCAAUCUGAGUUACAUGUCAGAAUUAUCUGAACAUCAAAUACCCUGCAUAAUUAACCCCUGUUCCAGUUAGAACUGAGUAUUUCACUAGCUAAGCUAACCCCUCAAGAUCUUAUAGAUUUUGCCAAGACAAGUCUAAAACUAGACUAGGUUUACUGAAUUAGUAUGUUUAAGCUACAGCUGUACAGAAAGACAGUAGUUUUAUGUUUGGGAACUUGAGUAAUUUUUUUCAAGUGAAGCUUUGUGAUCAAUCAUCAACUAGCUAAAUCUAUUCCUGUCCUGAUCAAGAAUUAAGCUUCAGACUUAUCAGUUGGACACAUGCCAAGACUUGAAAGAUUAGUUGAACCAGAUCAUGUCGUCAGUACAAUAGAUAAGGACAUCAUCAAGAAUUCAUUUGUCUGCAGGAUAACCGUAUAACAGUUUACUUUCUACAUCCAGAAAAGAUUAUACACAUAAUCAUUCCUUACUGCAUUUUCCAUUUCUGCUGACUGCAGACUGUAUUGUACCUAAAACAAUAAAGAUGCAAAAUAUUAACCAUUUAUAAAGCGGUGACUGAUUAAAGUUGUUUUUGUUUCUGGUAUUCCUAUUUUGAGGUGAUAUAAACAAUCUCUUUCCUACCAGAAGGUCAGCCGUUACUUUAGUCAGACCUGGGAUUUGAGUCAAUAUGUACUCUAACACAGUUCCUCCU